AUAUUAAGCACAAAUUGUAAUGAAGUCUGCAGCUUGUCUCUAUAUCGACCUAUGCUAUCGACGCGUACUCAUCAUAAGCAGUAGAAAGUGAACACUUUCUGCAAAUAAACACUGAUUUUGUGUGCAGCCGGUGCAGCCUUCUGCGUUGUGGGGGGUUACUGACCAAGUUACUGACCAACUCUCAAACUCCUCGUGUGUGCAGUCGUGUGACUGAUCACAUUUUGAUUUAAACGGUCACUAGGCCCUAAAGGCUCUGAUUUUUUAUUACAAUUUUUGUAUCAGUCAAGACGACAAAACAUAUGAAAAUCAAUGAUGGCAACAAGUGAAGAUGCUUGUUCGGAUGAUUUGAAUUUUGUUCCUGCUGGUGAAAGUGGGACAAUAUCAGGCACAGAACCUGAACCUGCAAGUAAGGUUGAGAACUCAUCUUGUGUGCUAUGUGGAACCACUAUACCUGUAUCAGACCAGGAUGGAUGUGAACCUGGAAGAGUGGACAUAUUUGGAAGGUUAUCACCUGCCUAUGACAUCAUUGUUAUUAAUAAGAUGGCUGCUGUGACAGGCUGCAGUGCUGCAGACCUGCACAGCCGCGGUAAUCACAUCUGCACCAGCUGCCACGACCGCCUCCUGAAGCUGCACUCCAUGGAGAUGACAGUGGACCGGGAGCGGGCGCUGCUCUCUGAGCUGUACCGCCGCCGGUGCGCGCCCGCCACUGACCGGCCGGCUCCGCAGUCCGGCGCCAGUCUGCUGCUCGUGGACGACAUGGAGGUGCGGCUGCAGGACGACCAGGUGACGGCCGUGCCGCUCACCACCACCCGGCGCCGGCAGCUGCUGCGGCAGGCGCGCAGCGCAGAGCGCCGCUUCGAGUGCAAGGUAUGUGGGAAACGUUUCCGAGCCUUCAGUCACCGCGUGGAACACAUGCUCAUCCACGUGAACGAGACGCCCUGGGCGUGCGAGUUGUGUCCGAAGACCUUCCGCACCAAGUCGGCGCGCACGGCUCACCAGCGGGUGCACGCGCCGGCCGCCGCCCGUUUCAGCUGCUCCGUCUGCGAUCGACAGCUCUCCGACGCGGCGUCGCUGCGCGCACACGCACGUACCCACGAGCAGGACAAGCCGUACACGUGUGACACGUGCCAGCACAAGUUCGCGCGCCGCAAGGACUACGCCGUGCACGUGCGCCAGCACACGGGCGAGCGGCCGCACGCGUGUCCCGACUGCCCGCAGACGUUCGUGGCUCGCUCGCGGCUGAACCGACACCUGCUGCUGCACCGGGAGAAGCAGUUCGCCUGCGCGUGCGGCCGCGCGUUCCGGCGCCGGUACGAGCUGCAGAAGCACGCGCAGAGCUGCGGUCAGCCGGGUACAGGUGGGGAGGCGGCGCCGGCUGACCCGGCCCCUGUGACCCAGCCGGACGGCCAGCCGGCGGCGCUCACCUACCUGCCGGUGGUGCUGCGCGAGCCGCCGGCCGUCUACUACCAGGUGGUGACGCCGGUGACAGUGGAGGGCGCAGACGGGGCCGGACAGACCCCGGCGCACCAGGCCGUCCCGCAGGGUCAGGAGCAGGCGAUCCAGCUGCCGGUGGUGACGUACUGAACCAGGAGUGAGAAUCUCAGUGGCUGCUCUGUGAGGGUGCGACAAUUCACAAGGCUGCUGAUGAAUUCAAAUGAUCGAGCUUAUCUCCGCAGGAAGUUAUUUUUAAGCUCCGUUUACAUGACAGCUUCAGCCUAGUCGUGUUAUUAUUUAUUUUGUUAUUUAAAUGGUGUAACGAUUUUGCUGAGAGGCAUGGAAGUUCGUUCCGUUUUUUUUUUUUUGCACUUUCAUAAUCGCAAAAUUUUGUUUCCUUGCGUUUGAAUCAAAAUAUUGAUAUCAACUUUUUCAUUCACUCAAAUUACAUUGAUCAAGAUGCUUUGAUGAAUUUCCCCAACAUUGUUUGUUUACCCACAUGACUUGUUAUGUGGGUUGUGCUACUUGCUACUUGUUAUGUGAUUAUGCUACUUAUUUAUCGUGUUAUGAUGUAACGUAUAGCGUUUGUUUUAUACAAACAACCCAGUCGUGAAAUGACGAGAUGGAAUGAAAAUAACGGUAAAUUAAAUGUAAUUAUUUUUCAAUCAUUAGCCAAUCAUGCCUUAUUCUGUCGUCAAUGUGAACAUCUUGACAUGCCAACAGCAAAUGCUGUUUUCUCUUGAAAUGGGGGAAAACAUGUAAAACCAGUGGAUUUUGACAGCCAAAGUUUGACCCCAACGGUCGGCAUGGGCCAUGCAGCCCGUUUACAUAAUAUUUAUCGCAUUCCACCUUCAUUCCACGGUAUGUGAAUACAUUCCGGAUUAGCAUACCCGAGUUCAUGUUUUUGUCACAGGCCUUACGAUUUAAGUUUUCGAUUGUCGACACCUACAAUGACUGACUAGGGCUCCUAUGAGUAGUCGGCGUUUAUGCCAUGCGGUAAUUUGUCGAAUUAUCACGGAUAGAGAUAGAAUGGCAAGGACAGCUUUGAUAAUCAUGUACCUUGUAGCAAGGUAGUGAUCUGAGACUUAGCAUAUCUUGUGCUAACGUGGCAGCGAUAAUAAAGUCUUCCGAUAUUUUUGUAUCAACUGUAACUAUUCAGCAUCAUGUGUGAUCCUGAUUGCUCUUGACGAUGUAUAUUUUUGUAUAUCUGUAUUGUAGAGU